AUGGAGUAUGAAAAAUGUUACGUCUUCAAACCAGAUGACCCUCAACCCGCAAAACGAAGGCGAACCGAACCGCAAGGCCUGCAAUCCUCGUGGAAUCUGCGCAAGAAAGCAUACCAAGACACAUGGAAAGCCCAGCAAGACCGGAUAGACGAACGACUAAGAACCAUCAAUGCGGCAACAAUCAACAACAUCGUCGGAUUCCUCGAAGAUGUCGCUGUCGAUGCGCCGAAGGAGCGUAUACCGACUGGCCUCAUCAUCGCUGGCCCAAACUCCGCACUGCGAACUUCCAUCGCAGCACAAAUCUCAUCCCAGAGCAACACUGAUCGACGGCGGUCGUACACCCAAAUUUCUUCCUCCUCGGGCUCCAAUCUCAAAAGCUUACUGAAGACCAUCAUUCAAAAGGUCACCUCGAGAACGGUCGAGGAUGACGAGGAUGAACUGGAAGAGCAGCCAGCGUCUCGCAAGGGCGGCCCCAAACUGCUGAAUUAUGACUUGGAACUACUACACCUGUAUGUCCAGGAGCGGCGAAUUGAGCAAGUUGUCAUCGCCAUCGAAGACCCGGAGGCCUGCGAUGGGGGACUGCUGUCCGAGCUCGUUGAGCUAUUCAGCUACUGGCAGGACCGUAUCCCGUUCGUCUUGCUCUUCAACAUCGCGACCUCUGUCGAAUUCUUACAACAAAGACUGUCGAAAACGGCGAUCAAGCACCUCGAUGGUCGGGUGUUCGAUGCUGCUGUGUCCGCGGACGAAGUCGAGCAAGUUUUCGAUUCUCUUACCACACCGGAGGCAUCGCUGUGGAUUGGAUCUAAUCUGGCGACCAUGAUACUAGAUCGACAGAGCGACUAUAUCCAGGGCAUUGAGAGCUUGGUACAGGCUGCACGAUAUGCGUACAUGUCACACUUCUAUGCCAAUGCUGUCAGCAUCUUUCUAUCACCCUCGCUGGAAUUGGAGGAUGUGACAGCACAGCACUUAGAAGCAGUGAGGAAUCUACCAUCCUUUCGCAAUCUCGCAAGACAAAUACUGGAUGAAGGAGAUUCUGGACGUCUGCGAGAUCUGCUCGACAAUGACGAGGAGCUAUUUGAUUUCGCCAAAGCCCGUGUGCAGGAGGGGAAACAGGGGUUGGCAAAAAUACUCGAAGCUACAGAAGUUGUGCGCUGCCUGCAAACCACGCUGCCAAACGCAACAGCCUCGUCCCAGCCAAGGAUGUACGUGCAGGCCAUGUCUGGUAAACUAGCAGGGUCGCCGAUGCUCAGAACGCUGCUCCUUUCACUUCGAAAAGCCCCUUCGGAUACUGCGAUCGGCGUUGUGAACUAUUUGUUAGAGAGAAAUAAGCCAGAAGACUUGACCGAGCAGAUCUCACCUAUUGCAACUGAGCUGGAAGCGCUCAUCCAGAACCAAGACGACACGGCGCAACCCCUACGAAGUGAAGAGGAUGUCAAGAAUUCCACCCUGAGGACCACAGUCAUCGCUCAAAAGGUCGAGCUCAGUAAACAAAAGUCGACGCUCUCAAAGCAGGAUGCAGCUUACACUACGAUCAUUCGACGUCUUUCGGAUGUGCUGGAAACCUACCUCACAGAGAAGCUGGUCAAUCCUAAAGAUCUCGCCUUUCACGAGAUCUUCAUGUACGACCUGAAAUCACCGUUCCGGGAAGUGUUCACGCCUAGACCACGGCAUGCAGUCGAGCGGGCUCUUGCAGCGCCGCACGACUAUCUCGACUGCGAUUGUUGCGGACCAGAUCAGGGUGAAGGGGAUGAUGUAACGCUGGCAUCUUCUCAGCCGAGCACUGCGGUCUUGUACCAGCUAUACCUGGAAUCCGGGAAUCUGAUCAAUGCAAGCGACCUCUGGCAGGCGUUCCAGGCAGUGGUUGGUGAUGCACAAGAUGAGCAGCAGACUAUGGCAUUGUUUCAAAGAGGAUUGGCCGAGAUGCGAUAUCUUGGCUUCGUCAAGAACACCCGAAAGAGAGUUGACCACGUGGCGAAAGUCGCAUGGAGAGGGUUGUGA